AUGGUCUACGUAAUCGUCGUCCACCUCUACGCCAACGACAAUGCCGAAGACAUCAAGAAACUCAUCGCCAAGCUCCAAGAAGCAAGCCAAGUCUACAGCAAAGACAAGGAGUGUUUGUCUUGGUUCGUGAGCCAAGAUACCAAAGACCCACGCGCCUUCACCAUUGUGGAGCGUUAUGCUGAGGAGUCCAGCCAGAAGUACCAUCUCGAGAACCCCUACUGGCAGACCUUCGACCCUUACGUCAAGCCUCUCCUCGCCAAGGAGAUGGAUCUCCGCCGUGUGGUUGAGCUUGACACGAGCACUGAGGUGCGCGUGGAGAAGGACGAGAAGUUGUGGGAAGAGGUCAAGAAGCAUCAGACUUACUAA